UAUUAUUAUUUUAAAGUAGAAAUGAAUUGAUGAAAUUAUUAUAUUAUAUUUUAUAUUAAUUCAAACAAUAACAGAGAUAAAGCAACGUCGUCAUUCAGUUACAGUAUUUAAUCAACAAUAUCCUGCCACGUAUGUUCAUAUUGUAUGUUACAUUACUUGUAUUGGAAUAAUUUUAUGACGUGUACCAGAAGAUUGCUGUGUAGCAGACAGUGUGCCUUCACGCAAUGUGCAAUACACUACUUUAAGCUUUGAUAAUUUAUCGUUUACGCAAAUCUUUGCUUUUCUCUUAUUUGGAUAGUAUCUCACAGGCAAUCGAGCCAGAUAAACGUGUAUUGUAGUAGUUCGUUUUGUAUUCAGAAUAAUAAAAUACAUUGUACAUUUCGAUAUCGAUUGAAAAUAAAUAAUCACCAACAAAUGAUAGAGAGUAAAAAACAAAGUAAAGUUCAAGUGAAUUUUUUUAUUUGUUAAAGUGACUUUUAAACAUCAAAUCAUUGUUAAUAAUAAGGAAAAUUAUUAUUAUUAUUUUAACAAAAUAAUAAAUUGAACAGUGAAUGUGUGAUUAUUGGCAUAAAUGGAUAAAAAAUGUCUUCUUAAUUAGAUUGGCAUGGAUUAUGUAGAUUUAAUAAAAGAUUUGAGUGGUUUCCAAUUUCAAUAUCAGAAGUUUUAAAGAGUGAUUCAUUAGUUAAUGGAAUAAAUGCAAUUGGUGAUAUUGCAUUGUAUAAUAAAGAUUAAAUGAAUACAUUUGAUUAUACGUAGUACAAUAUAACUACACAUUGAAGGAUUAUAAACUUAAUCAGAAAUGGCAUCUCAAAUAUUGAUUCAGCGAUUUAACAAUUUAUCAAAACAUUCUAGUACCAUUAAAAGGUUUGUAAAUACCGUGACUUAUCCAACUUCUGCCAAUGAUAAAACUCAAAAUGAGGAACUGCAAUGGGAUGAUGCUAAACCAUUUGAAGAAAUUCCAGGACCUAAAUCUUUUCCUAUAAUUGGCAAUAUUUUAAGAUUUUUUCCAGUUAUUGGUAAAUAUGGAAAUAUGCCUCUUAUGGAUCAAAUGAAAUCCCUCAAUGAUGAGUAUGGAGAUAUUGUUAAACUAGAUGGAAUUAUGGGCAGAAGACCAUCUAUUUUCAUUUAUGAUCCAGUCAAAUGUGAAAAAAUGUAUCGCUCAGAGGGACCUUGGCCACUGAGAAUUGCUAUUGAAACAAUGAAAAAAUAUCGAGAAAUAAAUUCUGAUACUAUUUAUAAAAAUCAACUAGGACUCAUAGCAAGCCAAGGUAAAGCGUGGCAUGACUUUAGAAAAAAUGUGAAUCAGCACAUGAUGCAACCAAGAUGUAUCAAACCCCACGUGACACAAGUUGAUGAAGUUACCAACGACUUUAUCACAAGAAUACGAAAACUUCGCGAUAAAGAAACUUUAAAAUUACCACCUACGUUCAACAAUGAAAUGAAUAAGUGGGCUCUUGAGUCAAUAUGUAUGAUUGCAAUGGACCAUCGGCUUGGAUGCCUCGACUCAGAUUUACCACCUGACUCAGAGCCACAGCAAAUGAUUGAUGCCGUACACGAAAUGUUUGAAUUAUUUUAUCAACUUGAAGUUUUGCCUUCAAUGUGGAAAAUUUAUAAUACAUCCAAGCUUAAAAAAUUGUUUCGCACUUUAGAUCGAAUAAACAGCAUUGCUGGUAAACAUAUAGAUAAUGCAAAGAUAAAAUUUGCUAAAAACCCAAAGGAUAAAACUGCAGACCGUAGCGUGCUAGAGAGUCUAUUAAGUAUUGAUGAACAAACCGCACAUGUAAUGGCUCUUGACAUGCUAACAGCUGGAAUCGAUACUACAGGAAAUGCUGCUGGUAUGUUAUUAUAUCACAUAGCUAGACACCCAAGAGUACAAGAAAAACUACGAGAAGAAAUUGUUAGCUUAUUACCUUCCAAAACAUCUCCAAUAACAUUCGAUGUUCUUAAUAAUAUACCAUACCUCAAGGCUUGUAUUAAAGAAUCAUUACGAAUAACACCAAUAGCUAUUGGUAAUCUUCGAACAAUGCAAACGGAUAUUGUUUUAUCAGGAUAUAAAAUUCCAAAAGGGACAGAUGUAGUAGCUUGUCACAGCGUUCUCUCGAUGGACCCUAAUCAUUUUCCAGAACCAAAAAAUUAUAUACCUGAAAGAUGGUUGAGAAAUAGUACUAUGAUAAAAUCUUAUAAAGAAGCACAUCCUUUCGCAUACAUGCCUUUUGGCUUUGGUCCUCGAACUUGCAUUGGCAGAAGAUUUGCAGAACUUGAGAUGGAAAUUCUUGUGCUCAAGAUGCUGCAAAAUUUCUACAUUGAAUGGCCAAAUGAAUGGCCUCUUGUAGUAAAAAGUCAAUUUAUUAACACAAUGGGCUCCCCGUUGCAAUUAAAACUUACGGAUAUUUGAUGGUAAAAAUCAUUAUGAAAGGAUAAAAAAAGGUAGAACGAAAAUAAUAAAUUUUAUAUUGCUUUUAUCUUGAUUUGUGUUUUUAUUGUGAAGAUAACUUAUCGAACAAUAAUAUAGAUAAACAAAUAUGUAUAAAAAUGUAAUAUAUAUUUUUAUAUUGACGUUUUAAUAAAAUGAUUUAUUUAAUGAUUGA